UUGUAUAAAAUAAUGAAAAACACGGAAAUGGAGUCUGAAGAGAUUGAAAGAGAUAUGGAGGACAUGGAACAAGAGAAGAAAGAUGAUGAUUAUGAUCAUCUUCAAGCUUCAAAGAGACUGCAGCCGUGGACAAAACAGAUCACGAUUCGAGGAGUUAUUGCAAGUGUUAUUCUAGGGAGCGUUUACACUGUUAUAGCCAUGAAAAUAAAUCUCACGACUGGGAUAACUCCUAGUUUAAACGUCUCAGCUGCACUUCUUGCCUUUGUGUUAAUGAAAACUUGGACACAAAUUCUUCAGAAAUCUGGGAUUUCCACCGUUCCCUUUACCAGACAUGAGAACACAAUGAUCCAGACAUGUUCAGUGGCUUGUUACACAAUUGCCAUUGGAGGUGGCUUUGGGUCCUAUUUAUUGGCUCUGAACAAGAAGACGUAUGAGUUGGCAGGAGGAUCGAACUCUCCAGGAACUUACAAAGAGCUGCGUAUUGGUUGGAUGACGGGUUACUCUCUCUUAAUCUGUUUUGUUGGUCUUUUCGUACUGAUUCCAUUACGGAAGAUCUUGAUUGUUGACUAUAAGUUGAUAUUCCCAAGUGGCACGGCCACAGCUGUUCUCAUCAAUGGAUUUCAUAGUCAGGGAGACGAUAUCGCAAGGAAGCAAGUCAAGGGAUUUUCCAAGUACUUUUCAGUCAGUUUCUUGUGGGCAAUCUUUCAGUGGUUCUUUACUGGAAAAGGAGAAUGUGGAUUUGCUCAAUUCCCUACAUUCGGAUUGGAAGCUUGGAGACAAAAAUUUUACUUUGAUUUUAGCAUGACCUAUGUUGGAACCGGGAUGAUUUGCCCUCACAUUGUGAGCUUUUCUUUGCUGUUUGGAGCUGUGAUUUCAUGGGGUAUAAUGUGGCCACUUAUUGAAAAGCAGAAAGGAGAUUGGUAUCCUACUAAUGUGCCAGAAAGCAGUAUGGAAAGUCUUAAUGGUUAUAAGGUUUUCAUCUCGAUUGCUCUCCUUCUUGGCGAUGGACUCUACAAUUUCCUCAAGAUUUUAUAUUUCACAUAUGCAAGUAUCUACGGGAAAUUGAAAAAUGAAAAACUUGAUCUAGCUGUAGGUAGCAAGAAUGAAGAUACAGAGGAGGAACGACUACAAAACGAAGUUUUCAUCAGAGAACGCAUACCUAUGUGGUUUGGAAUGGUUGGAUACACCCUAUUCACCAUAAUUAAUGCAUUUGCAGUACCGGCAAUAUUUCCAGAGGUUAAAUGGUACUAUGUUAUUAUAGCCUACAUUAUAGCUCCAUCAAUAGCUUUCUGCAAUGCUUAUGGAACUGGUUUAACUGAUUGGGACAUGGCCUUCAACUAUGGAAAAAUCGGCCUUUUUAUGAUGGCAGCAUUGGCUGGAAAACAGCAAGGAGUUGUUGCUGGUUUGGUUGGUUGUGGAAUCAUAAAAUCGGUUCUCUAUGUUUCUAGCACAUUAAUGCAUGAUUUAAAAACGGGUCAUCUCACGCUAACGUCACCUAGAACAAUGCUUCUCAGCCAAGCCAUUGGAACCGCCAUAGGCUGUGUUGUAUCCCCACUAACUUUAACUCUAUUCACCAAAGCUUUUGAUGUAGGUAAUCCUAAAGGAGAAUAUAAAGCACCAUUUGCAAUAGUUUUCAGAAACAUGGCUAUUAUUGGGGUUGAAGGCUUUUCAUUUUUACCAAAGCAUUGUUUACAGUUAUGCUAUGGAUUCUUUGCGUUUGCAGUGGCGAUUAACAUAGUCAAAGAUUUAUUACCUAAAAAGAUAGGUAAGUGGAUGCCAUUGCCUAUAUGCAUGGCGAUACCUUUUCUCAUUGGCGGCUAUUUUGCUGUUGAUAUGUGUGUUGGAAGCUUGGUUGUGUUAAUAUGGAAGAAGCUUAAUGCUAAGAAGGCCGCGUUGAUGUCUACAUCGGUGGCCUCUGGUUUGAUUUGUGGUGAUGGUUUGUGGAUUCUUCCAGCUGCCGUUCUAUCUUUAUCGAAAAUUAGUCCUCCUAUAUGCAUGAAGUUCUUGAGUUCUUAGAAAUGAUGGCGUGUUUGUAGUCGAAUGUGACAGCUGCACCAAUUGUAUUUGUAGUUAUGGUAUCUUUACAAGCAAUUGUGAUCAAUAAAGCAUUAAUACUUAUAAUAAUGAUGAUAUAUGAAAAUAUAGAUUUUGAAAUUUUUAGCAAA